CUGAUCUUAAUAAGACUAUGACUCAAUAAUGCGCAUUCCAUGUGGCUCUAUAAAAUGCGGUGCAUCACACCAGUCGUGGGCUGUUGUAGGCGAGUGCUGCAUGAGUUUUGAGCUCCUCGGAGAUCAAAGUUUUUCAUGUGUGUUUCUUUCUAGUGUUUUUCUAUUGGUUUUCUGUUCCGACGUGAAGUUGUGAGACCGAAGAAUUGCCGAACGGUGACUUGUUCAUCGACUCCACCUGAUCGUUUGGAACUGCACUACAGUUAAAUUCACUUGAGGGACUUAGUUGGAUUUGACCGUUUGACAUCUCAGGAUGGAUUCACCAGUUGUCAUUGAGAGUACCGCAGCUUUCGAGUGCCUUUUCAAUGAUUACCAGCCGAUAACAUCAAGGGCAGAUUUCAUCAAUGAGGACAAAGCGUUCUUGUGCACACAAGAAAGAGUUCGAAGAGGAGGCGGACUCAAAAGUGUGCCAAACAUCAUCACCUUCUCCAUCUCAAGUGGACAUGCCAAGGGAUCUUGCUGCAGACGUCUCCUGUACAUCAUCUGGAGCGUCUGAGGAGAAGAAAAAGAAAAGGAGACAUAGAAAUUGUAAGUUUAGCACAGAGGCAGGAGAGGAGCACACCCGAGAGGGACUCCAGUAUUGAGAAGUUCUGCUGGCAGCUGGAUGGACUUCACCUGUCCACAAAUCCCCCUGUAACACCUCCACCAGCACCUGUACCUGAGUGAGUUGAACAAAUUCUGUCAAUUUAUAAAUGCUCAAAUGUUUGCAGAUACAGCCCUAAAGUACAUUUUCUUGUUGUGGCGGAUGGAGCCCCACCCUGAGUCGGGCGGUGGGGGUAUGUGGCGGGGGGGUUCAUGGUUCAGCGCGGUCUGCAGCGGGAGACAAGGGCGGGAAACGGACGGGAUGCCUCAUACUCCUGUCCCAUUCCAGAGGCAUUACUGGAGCAUGCCAGAGAGCUUAAUGUCUGCUGUAUUUGGUUCUGCACAAAAGACGUUGGGUGGACAAGAGACAUCCACUAAGGCCCCUGCCACACCUACUGACGUGUCGCAAUUUGAGUUUAAAUUGCCGCCAACAUUUGGUUUUGCAAAGACUAAGACGUUGGGUGAACAAGAUGCAUUCGCAAUAUUCCCCGCCACACCUAUAACAGCUCCUGCAUCUCAGCGUCAUCCUCCUGCCGUAAGCCCUGUUAAAAGACAAGGCAUCAGCCCGCUGGAAAGACCAAAGUCUCCGACUGAUGUGUCACAAUUUGUGUUCAAGUUGCCUCCAACAUUUGCUUUUGCACAAAAUCCAUCGUUGGGCCCUGCCACCCCUAUGCUAGCACCUGUACCUCAGCAUCAUCCUCCUGCAUCAAGUAAUGUUAAAAGACAAGCCAUCAGCCCGCUCAACAGACUAAAUUGGGUUACAUUUUGUCCUCUGACCAACAGUGUUUUCAUGGCCUGACCUGAUGGUAGAGCGGAGAAUGGGAAGCGGCGACCUGACAAGAGCUGAGAUGAUAGAGCUGGAUAAAGAAGGACGCGGUCACCUGACACGUCUUCAUGGCCUGACCUGAUGGUAGAGCGGAGAAUGGGAAGCGGCGACCUGACAAGAGCUGAGAUGAUAGAGCUGGAUAAAGAAGGACAAGAAGUGACACUAUUAGCAUAAGUUUUUGUUUGCGCUUUUGAAAAGUUUUAUGUACACACUAGUGAUGCGCGGGUCGUCUCAUAACCUGCGAUUCGGGUUGGGGCAGGUAAAGAAAUUGUUGCUUUAUUUGCGGGGCGGGUUCAAUCCAAUCCAACUUUAUUUGUUAAGCGCUUUCAAACAAUCAAAGACGUCAUAAUAAAGACAUAACUGCUCACACGAGGUGCGCAAUUACAUAUAUAAUACAACAAUAAAAAGUAAGAGACAACAAAAACAUGAGUAAAAUAACCAGGCAAUAAUAAGCAAUCAAAACGAGAAAAUAUAUAUAUGUAACUAGAGUAAUUAAAGUCAACAUCUUACUAGGUGUCAAAGGCCACAGCGAAGAGAUGGGUUUUAAGAAAAAAUAGACAAAGAAGAGGCCUGUUUAACGUGCAGAGGCAGAGCAUUCCAUAAUUUAGGAGCUGACACAGCAAAAGCACGGUCCCCUCUGAGCUUCCGCUUAGUUUUAGGCACAAUCAGGAGCAGCUGAUCAUCUGACCUGAGAGAGCGGGUGGGUAUAUACGGGUGUAGAAGCUCAGAGAGGUAGGGCGGUGGAAGGCCAUUUAGGGCUUUAAAAGCAAAUAAAAGAAUUUUAAAAUGGAUCCUAAAUUGAAUAGGCAGCCAGUGAAGUGAGGCCAAAAUGGGGGAAAUGUGCUCAUGUUUACGUGUGCCAGUUAAAAGACGUGCAGCAGCAUUCUGUACUAACUGGAGACGGGCGAUGGAGGACCCACUUACCCCCACAUAAAUUGCAUUACAAUAAUCCAGCCUAGUGGUAACAAAGGCGUGGAUUACCGUUUCAAAAAGCUGCCUUGAUAAUAUAGGCUUUAUUUUUGCCAGCUGCCUCAAGUGGAAGAAGCUAGAUUUGACAACCGCCUGAUCUGACCACUAAACUUAAGUUCAGGAUCCACUUUAACCCCUAAGUUUUUAAUACUAGGCUUAAUAUACUGGGCCAAGGAACCCAAAUCUGCAGGGUGUUCCCAGUGGUGCCACCAAAAACCAUAAUUUCCGUCUUUUCUUCAUUGAAAUUUAAAAAGUUCAAAGCCAUCCAGGCUUCAUGUCUUCGAGACACUUUAUGUAGCAGUCUGACAGAGUGUGCAUCAUUCUUUUUAAGCGGCACAUAAAUCUGACUGUCAUCUGCAUAACAGUGGAAUGAAAUGCCGUGCUUCCUAAGUAUGGAACCAAGUGGGAGCAAAUAGAGAGAAAAAAGGAGAGGGCCAAGAACUGAGCCCUGUGGGGACCCCACACGAGAGAGGAGCAGAGGAAGAUACACAGUCACCAAGGCUGACACAAAAAGUUCGAUCAGUCAAGUAAGACCUGAACCACUCCAGUGCUAUGCCCCUGAUGCCCACCCACUGCUUCAAACGUGAGGUCAAUAUCUCAUGAUCCACUGUAUCAAAUGCAGCAGUUAAAUCUAAAAGCACAAGGAUAACACAGUCACCAGAGUCAGUUGCUAAAAAGAUAUCAUUAAAAACUCUUAAAAGAGCCGAUUCCGUGCUGUUCAAGAUUUUAAAACCGGAUUGGAAAGCCUCUAGUAUAUUAGGAUCUUCCAUAAAGGCCAUUAAUUGACUGUGCACAAUCUUGUCCAGGAUUUUUGAAAAGAAAGGCAGUUUAGAAGUAGGCCUGAAAUUAGCAAGGACUGCAGGAUCUAGAGCAGGUUUUUUAAUCAGAGGUUGUAUUACUGCAUGUUUAAAAUUUUCCGGGACCACACCUGAGGACAGACUGCUAUUAAUGACUGCAAUAACAGAUGGUCCUACAGUGGGAAAACCUCCUUAAAUAGUCAGGGAGGGACAGCAUCCUUCGGAGAACUUGAUGGCUUCAAUUGACCAACAAUGUCCUGUAAAAAGAAAAGGGUCACAGGCUCAAAUUUGUCAAAAACAGCGGAACAGGGGACAGAGAUUGAGGGGUCAUAAGAUGAAGUUGAGAUUUGAGCCCUAAUUGAACUGACCUUAUCAAUAAAAAAGUGAAGGAAAUUUUCACACACAGCAGUAGACGCCUCCAUACAGGCAGUCUGCGGGGCAUUUAGUAGUGAGUUGGGGCGGGUCAUUAAAAACAAAAUAAAAAAACCCCAUGUAUGUUGCAUGCAAUUCCCUAUAGCAUAUAUUAAACAUAUGGGACUAUAUAUUUUCAUUUUUUUAUAAGGUUCUUUGAUAAGGUUACAAUAUGUAGGCCUACGUAGCAACAUAACUUGCGACGUAGCAACAUAACUUGCGGGACGUCCCCAAACAUUUGGCCUCACGUCAAUAAAAGAGUGAAGAUGGUGCGGGAGAACAUUUUAAGACAAACCAUGUAGGCUACAAAUUCAUCAGUGAAAACCAUCACUGAGUAUUUUCUAUAUACAAUUGCAGUUUUCCAAAGACUUAAAAACACAGUUUGAUCGAGUGGAUCAGGUAGACCGAGUCAUAAUUAUCCAAAAAAAAUCAGUUUAACAAAGGUAAGCACUUUUCCCUCUUUUUUUGAAAGCUCAGAUGUAUGCUUUACAUGUUUUGAUCAUUUUUUAAUGUGCUCACACUGUGCGUGUGUUCACUAGUCUCUGGAUGGGUUAAAUGUAGAGGUCAUAUUUCGGGUAUGGGUCACCAUACCUGACAAAUAGGUCACUUUCAAAAAUAAUUACUAUGUGUUGUGUAUGUCCAUGUAAUUAAUGAUUAAAUUACUGCUAGAGCACAAAAUUGUUCGCAUAAAAUUCCUCAUAGAUCCAUUGUCUUAUGUUUACCUUUAAAAUGUACAGAUUGUCUGAAUUGUUCAGUCUGAUGGUAUACUUUGUUUGAUAUAGUAAAUUGUCGGGUCUCGGGGUUAACCGCCUGCCUGUCUUUCUCUCUCUGUGUGUGUUUGCGAUUGUUGUCGAGCGCGUGGCUUUGUUUUGAUUGCCACCACAUGCUCAUUGUCUGUGUGUGUAUGUGCCCCACCCUUCUCGCCUCUUCACUCAUUCCCAUAAUUAAUGCUUAUUCCCCUCACCUGGUUCUCGUUUACUUCAACCUAUUUAUGCCUCCUAGUUUCUUUUCCCUGUGUGCGAUCGUCAUUCAAUGUUUACACCGUACUGGCAUAAGUUGCCCUCUUGUCAUAGAUACUUUAUCUAGUGAUUACCUUUUGUCUCGUCGUGUGAAUGUUUUUAUCUGCUUGGAUUACUUUUCUAAAUGUGGAUUAUUGUUUCCCCGAUCAUUCCAGUGGAUGGUUUAUUUUUUCCUAUAUUGGAAAUAUUAAUUCUUUUGGGGGUUUUUUGUGUCUGCCCAGGCUCCGUUUUUGUUGUUUUUCGCCCACCUUCUCUCUCAGUUGUGCCCCGGAUCCUCGCCUGCCGCCCAGGCAUCCAGCAACCAAGCUACCCCCUUGGUCCCCAACGCAGACUCUUCACCCUGCCCUCGGUCACCAGCACUGGGGCUGGACUGGUAUCUCCUCGCCUGAGGAGGUUGGCGCUACGGCUGUCGGCUCGGACGUUUAGCCUUCAUUUGAACUGUCUCUAUUGCUCAGGGUUUUCGUUCCUCAGAGUCAAGUCUUCCCUUCGUGUGGGUCCAGAUCCCCUGAGGUGGUUAACCAACAAUUGACAGUCCUCUCUCUCCUCAGGUGGAGUCCAUCUAGCCUGCUGCCCCACCACGGGCUUCCUCUUGCAAAUAACCCAGACAUUUCCUUGUAUGUGACAGUAAAUGAUUACAAAAUAAACAUGUUCAACACGUUACAUUUUUUUUCAAGACGCAUGCAGCAAGGGCAAAAUUAAUCAAGAUUAUAAAUUUGAAUCAAUUGUCAGCCCUGUUUUGUAUGUCUUGACUUGAAGAUUUUAGUUUCAUGUCAUAUUAAUAAAAAAAUGAUCUGUG